AUGCACUUCAUAAUUCAGAAUAUUGAGGAGACAGCCCUACUCUCUGAGCAUGUCAAUCUGCUUACUGCUGGGGUGGAACCUGAGACAGCAGAUCAGGAAAUGCGGGAUUUUGAAGUGCAGGUUAAUCUGGCUAAGAGAGAGCAGUGGGAACUCUUCUCUGAGAAGACAGCAGAGAGAGAUUUUGAGAUGAUUAUCAUCUCAGAUAAGAAGAAGAAGAAGAAGAAGAAGAAUGAGAAGUGA